CAAUUAUAUUUUCUUUAAAACAUUAAUAUGCGUUUCUCUAUCACUGCUACUUUAAUCGGUGCCGUUGCCUUGGCUUCCUCCGUCUCUGCUGACUUUUACAACCGUCUCAGAGUCAAUGAUACCGCUUUCUUGUUUGUUGAUCAUCAAACCGGUCUUCUCAACUUAGUUGGUGAUUACAACCCCGAUACUUAUCUCAACAACGUUAUGGGUCUUGCCGAAACCGCCAAGUACUUUGGUGCUGCCACCGUCCUUACCACCUCUCGUGAAGAUGGUCCUAACGGUGUCUUACUUCCUGAACUCAAGAAGUUGUUCCCCGGUGUUCCUUACAUUGCCCGUCCCGGUCAAAUCAAUGCUUGGGAUGACCCAGAUUUCGUUAAGGCUGUCAAGAAGACCGGUAAGAAGCAAUUGGUUAUUUCCGGUAUUGUCACCGAUGUUUGUGUUACCUUCGUUGCUCUCUCUGCUAAGAAGGCUGGUUAUGAUGUCUUUGUUGUUACUGAUGCUUCCGGUACCUUCACUGAGGCUGUCCGUGAUGCUUCUUGGUUAAGAAUGCAACAAGGUGGUAUCCAAUUGACCAACUGGUUUGCUGUUGCUUGUGAAUUAGGACGUGACUGGCGUAACGAUAUCAACGGUAUGGCUGCUUUGUUCGCUAAGCGUUUGCCUGCUUAUGCUCACAUUAUGGACAGCUUUGCUGGUGCUCAAGCCGCUGCCCUUGCUGCUGCCAAGAACUAAAUUAUACCAAAAUUCGGAUAAAUUUAAUGUUAACUACUACUGCUUUCUAUCGUAAUUAUUUAUUAAUAAAAUUAAAAACAUUUUCUCCAAAC